UCGUGGAAAUGAUUUAAACUGUAAUAUGCUAAUAUAUGAAAAAUAAACUACAUCGUAUGACAAUAUUCAAAUGGAGUUUGGGGUUAAACAAUGGUUUUAACAGGAACAUAAUAAUCAUUUCUACUUUUAAAGAUACAUUAAUCACGGCCAGUUGGAUAUAAUUACAGUGGUAAUUAAUUACAUAAUAUUUCAAAAGAGAAAAUGUUGUAUUAUAUAAAUAAGCUUGUUUGUUUUUUACGUUUUUAUUUUUAUAUGGAAUAUUCAUGAUGGAAUCUUCCAAGCAAGAUGUACCGUGUAUCUUCUCUCAACGUUGGAUACUUUCAUAUUUUGUUUUUAUCGGCAUCACGUUACAAAAUGCUUUACGAUCCAACUUGAGUGUGGCCAUAGUAUGCAUGGUGAAAACUGGUAACAUUUCUUCGGAAUCUCGUGUAAACAAUAGUUACCCGGAGCACUGCAAGUUACACAUAGAUGGCCAAAUUCCUAUUGAGAAUGCAGAAUUUGAUUGGGACAAAUCGACUCAAGCAAAGUUACUGUCCUCCUUUUUCUAUGGGUACAUAUGCACACAAAUUAUUGGAGGCUGGUUGUCAGAUACAUAUGGCGGUAGACGAGUUUUUGGCAUUGCUUUGAUAAUAUCUGGUAUUUGCUCACUUGUCACACCAGUUUGUGCCAGAACAUCUGUGUAUGCAGUAUUUGUAGCACGUGUUAUCCUAGGACUUUCUUCAGGAGUUGUUCUUCCUUCUGGCAAUUCAAUUAUUGGUCGUUGGGCACCUCUUUUUGAAAAGAGCAAACUGACGUCUUUUGCAUGCUUAGGAGUGGCAUUUGGUAUUGUGGUGUCAUUUAUAACAUCCGGUUACCUUUGUAAGCAUGGCUUUGAUAAUGGCUGGGGAUCCAUUUUCUACUUGACAGGUGGAUUAACCGUUUUGUGGGCUGUAGCAUGGUUUUUAAUUGCACGCGAUACACCAGACCAAAAUAAAUGGAUUUCCAAAGCAGAACUAAAUUAUAUCAAAUCAAACAUACAAUUUGACACAAGCAAAAGGACUGCUGUUGUUCCCUGGUGUCAGAUUGCGACAAAUCCUGCAUUUCUCGCAAUUCUCGUAGCUCACUUUUGUGUAAACUGGGUAUUAUAUGCAUUAGUAACAAGUAUUCCAAUUUUUAUGAAGACAGUUUUAAAAUAUGAUAUAAAAAGUAAUGGAGCUUUAUCGUCAUUGCCUUUUGCUUGCCAAGUAACAACUGGUUUCUUGCUCAGCCAAUUAGUAGAUUUCCUUCGUAAAAGAAGUUUAAUUUCGACUACACUAAUAAGACGCUUAUGUUCCUGUCUAGGUUUUGUUGGCAGUGGAGUGUUUCUUAUAGGAACUGGUUUCACAUCAUGUGAAGAUCGUGAAAUUGCUGUGGUUUUGUUGUCAUUAGCUUUUCUGUUUGCUGGUUUUCACAAUGCUGGAUGCCUUGUUAACAAUAUAGAUAUAGGCCAAAAGUAUGCAGGCACCUUAUUUGGGCUGACCAAUACACUAGCUACAGUUCCUGGCAUGGUGGCACCAAUUGUAACAAGUAUUUUAACACCAAAUGAUACAGCUGAAGAGUGGAGAAACAUGUUUUAUGUGUGCGCUGGAGUAUGCCUGCUUGGAAUUGUUGUUUAUGGAUGCUUGGCGAGUGGCGAAGUUCAAGAAUGGGCCAAAGAUGAAACUGAAGUUAAUAUUGAAAAACCGAAAAAUAUUGAUAAGAAGGAAAAUACAAAGUUUUAAAGUUAAAAACAAAAUGAUAAACAUUUCUUAAAGAUAGUGUGAAAAAGUAUGACAGACUGUUGCACUACCCCACAGUACAACUAUCAAAAUAGAACAAGUGAUUUGUACA